GUUGAUUUCUUUAUUAAGUAGAGAUGUAAUUAAAACAUCAUAUUUUUUUUCUCGGCCGAUUGUGUUAUAAUUAAAGCAAAAGAGUUGGCGUUAUUUUUGUUGGAGUUACUUUUUAGAAUAAUCGAAACUAACUUCUUCAUGGUUUCUGAGAAAGUUCAAUGACUUAAAUGUGUGAGGUAUGCCAUAAGAAGCUAUUUCGGCAGUUUUAAAUGAAUGUCUGCGAAUUAUAAUUUUAUAAAAUCAUUAUAUCAUGGCCGUUAAUUUGGAUAAAAACAAAGCUGCAAUGAUUUCAGCUUGGAAAGAAGUCGUGGAAGACAAAUCUCCCACAAACUGGGCUCUUUUUGGAUAUGAAGGUCAAACCAAUGAUUUAAAUUUGAUUUCAAAAGGAGAUGGCGGUGUAGAAGAAUUGAAGGAUGAAUUCAGUAGUGGACAGAUAAUGUAUGCAUUUUUAAGGGUGUUGGAUCCCAAGACGAGCCUCCCUAAAUGUGUUUUAAUCAACUGGCAAGGAGAGGGCGCACCACUAGUUAGGAAGGGAACCUGUGCCAAUCACAUAAGAGAUGUCUCGAAUCUGUUAAGGGGUGCUCAUAUUACAAUUAACGCUAGAAACGAGGAAGAAGUUGAUGAAGAUGUAGUUAUUGAAAAAGUAGCAAAGUCGACUAGUUCUGCUUAUAGUUUCAAGGAGAGAAUUGGUGAAAAUGACAGACAAACAGCACCAGUUGGUACGGCAUAUCAAAGGGUUAUUCCUAAAAAUGAAAUUAACAUAUCUGAGAGAGAUAAAUUCUGGCAAAAAGAAGAAGAAGAAGAGAAAAAAAGGCUGGCUGAAGAAAAACAUAAACGUGAUGAGUUAAAAGCACAAGCAGAAAGAGAAAGGCAGGAGAGAGAGGCAGAGAAAAGUACUGAAAGAGAUAGUCCUGAGAGGUUCACAAGGAGGAAUAACUCAGUCAGACAGGAAGCAGAGGAGUUAAUCAAAAUGAGAGAUUUUGAUCCUAGGGCAGUUUUUGAAAAGAAUACAUCAGUUGGGCAACUGAGUUCUAGAAAAUCCUCUCUGCAAAACCCACACAAUGAAGUAGUCACAACUAAAGAUACCAUCCAUAAGCUGCAAAAUGCUUGGCCACCUCAGGCAGAGAAAGGAGUAGUGAAAGCUGAACCCAUUGCAGAAGAUAUCCCUAAGCUUAUACCUGAGAAAGUUGAAGUUAAGCCUGCUGAUGAAGUGAAGGAAGAAAAGCAAGAAGUGAAGGAAGAAGAACAGCCUCAAACAGUUGAAGAUGUAACUCCUGUUGAAGCCCAAUAUGUUGAUGAUGGAUAUAACGGAUCAGAAUAUAUUGAUUUUAAUGAUGUUGGGUUAAGAGCUGAGGCUUUAUAUGAUUAUCAAGCAGCCGAUGAAACAGAAAUAUCUUUUGAUCCCGGUGAUAUUAUUACACACAUUGAUCAAAUAGACACAGGCUGGUGGCAAGGUUUAGCCCCUGAUGGAACAUUUGGCCUCUUCCCUGCCAACUAUGUCCAACUCUUGGAGUGAAUCAUGACUGACAAAGACUUAUAGUAUCUAACCCCAUUAAUUGGUGACGGAAUUCGCCGAUCUCUACUCUUCUUUACUAUAAACUGUUACUGUCUGAGUGCAUAAUGAUGAAAUCUGUAUAUUUAAAAAGAAAGUAUUUGCUACUAAGUCAUUAUACAAUGAUUGUAUGUCCUAAAAGGUGCUCAAUUUGUGGCAGGAUCAAUAAGUAUUUGUUUAUGAUAUCUAUUUAUUUAAUGUUAUUAUAUUUUAUGGAAAAUUCAUUUAUGUUUAUAAACAAUAUUAACUCACCUCACAGGGGCCAAAUAUUAAUAAAUCUAAAGGAUCAUACUCUGAAGUUUUUGUUUUAUUGGUCUAAUGUUAGUUGGCUUAAAAUUCUGAAAUUACCGUGAUUAAUUCAUCAUUUAAUUAACGUUUAAUUCAUCAAACUUUGAAAUCUUGCAGACUGUUCACGUUAAUUAUUCUUUGGUGUGGAACACUUGGUUAUUACCCACACCUUUAAUAUUACAUCAC